GGGCCAUCUCUGGGAGGAGGCUUCGACCUCUUCGACCAGCGCAUCUUCGGACGCUUCGUCCGGAAGCAGAUCCAGGCAGGACGAUGCUACUCGCUCUUGGAGAACCUCACCUACGGAACGAGGCUGCUUGCAUCGUCACCGAACCCUUCGGUUCGGAUUCACAGCCCAGAAGUCAUCGCGCACGGCGCCAGCUUCUUCUGGCUGCGCUCCCACCGUGUCAGGGGCUUGCAAGUACCACCAGUGGCACAUGCGAACUUCGGCAGGAACAAGCUUUACUUCAUGCGGGAUCGACGGGUGUGGUUCGUCGAGAAUCUCACCGAACGCUUUUCCGAACCCGUGCACAAGGACGAAUACUUUCCAGCAGCAGUUUUGCCUCCAGAGCUUUUCCGCGGUGAAUCGAACCCAUUCAUCGGCGGAGCGAGCAGCCACCCCCGCUUCUUCAGGUACUCCCAAACCGGAGCCGCGACUUCCUCGUGUUCCGCGCGUGGGGUGGAGUUUGGCUUGGCGUGCCAGUUCCUGGAAUUGACCGCGGCUUUGGAGCUGGCGGUGGCCCUCGGUCGGCGACUGAUUUUGCCAAAUGCUUUCAACUGCACCUGGUCCCCGAUGUGGAAGCCUUAUGGCAUGGUAAAGACCUUCCAUCAUGAGAACGAGGACUGCACGUUCGACUUCUUCGCGGAUGCAGAAGGUUUCAUCAAGCGCUUCGGACAUCUGCUUGUAGAAGCGAGCUUCGCGAGAACUGACAGCUACGCUCACCUCUCAAAGUCUGCGAGUCCAGUCUUGGAGCUUCUGGCGUCGGAAGACGAAUCCCUUCCGCUUGCAGAGCUACGACACCGACUUGAUGAAAGGGUCGGCGAUGUCCUGGAAGUUACAUGCGAUGUCUUGGAGCUGCGAGAUCGCUUCCGUGCGAACUUCGGCACAUCGCUGGGCCGGGCCCUCUUCCCUUGCCAGUGGAUCGAGUUUGAAGCCUGGUUCUAUGCGCGUCGACCGGAUCAACCAGCGGCCGUAGGUUCGAGGCACUGUGGCGUUCGAGGUUUGGACUGCUGCGCCGUAUAUCAUGGAUGGGCAGAGAAGUUGGAGUACUUCACCGGCAUUGCCUGGGAUUUGCCAUGCGACUGUGGAGUUGGUGCUGCCCUCGGCUGCUUCUCUCGCAGUGGUGGCGAGUGCGCGCGGGAGGAUCAGAAGGCUGCUGCGGACAUCGGCUUCGCAGAGAUGUUUCACCGGCUGGAAGAGCUCUGA